AUGCAUCUCCAACUCCUUCACCUCCUCCCUCUGUUAACCCUCACCUACGCAAUCCCCUUCACCAACAGCACCAGUACGACAAACAGCACCAAGUCCGCCUAUCUAAAAGCGAACCAAGAAUGUGGCAGCAACAACCAAUGCUCAAUGACGUGUAAAGACGGCGAUUUUCACCCAAUGUCAUCCAACGGCACCAUUUACUUUGCAUGUACCAUCCAAGCAGACCACGAGAUCAAGUACUCCAUCUGGAACUGCAAGGACACUGUAUUCAAGGAUAACAUUGAAGUUUGUGAGGCUGCUUCGGGGAGGUGGUGUUCUUCGAAAGCUUAUUGUGUUGUGCCGGAUAAGGGGGAUGGGUUUGGGGAUUUUUGUAAGGAGAAGGGCGCCGAGGCGAGGAUGAUUAAGGAGGAUUUGGAGUAUGAGGCUGUGCUGUCGGAGGAGAAUUGUAGGGCGUGA